GAUUAUUACACAGGAUAUAUUCAAACAAAAGGAUCUUGAAAACAAAGGAGAUAAACUUGAAACUAGGUCAACAGACUUUCUAGACUUCACAUGUAAAUUUCACAUGUUUAAGCUGUUAUUUAGCCAUAAAAUAAGUCAAGUUAAAGAAACCAGAAUUUUAAGAAACAUCAUACAUUUGGAUAUUUUAUGAAAAUAGAUGAAUUAAUAAUAUAAACCAAGAUUUAAAGAGUAAUUUCAAACUAAAUUUUAGUGGGAGUAAAUGGAAUAGCUUAAAUUAACCAUUGUUUAUUAAUAUAGAUUAACACUGACAAUUAAUGGAACAGCCAAAACAAAUCAUUGUUUAUAAACAUGGAUUAAUCUAGAAACUGACAGUGCACUGAUAAUUGGAUUAUAAUUCUAAUGCAGUUUAUAUUUGUUACUUAACUAUUAACUGUCAAACCAUGGCUAAAGAGAAACAUGAACAUUCUCUGCGCAGUUGCAUUAAACCAACUUUUAGCUCACCAUCGAAAAAAGGAAAAGAGAAAAAGAACACUAGAAGACAGAAUAUAAAAACACUGAAAAAGAACCCUGAAAUUCUUCACGAAAAUUAUGAAUACCAUGAUCUCAACAACACUGGUGUGAUCACCAUAGAUGUGGAUUACAAAAGGUUGUGUUUUUACACAGAACGUCCGUACUUGUGGAUAGAUGCUUUAACUGCAUUUUACAGAAACAAAGGUAUGAAAGCCUCAACCGCACGCCAAACAAAUGGCACAACUGUAACUGUUGCAGAUCAUGUCACAAUAGAAGUAAAUGAUUCGGGAGUCAUAGGUGUAACAGGUGACGCACUAGAGGACUGGCGGGAAAAUGAUUUCCAGUUAAUCAAAGGAACUAUCGCCCCUUUGAUCCCAAUGCCAGUGUCAACACCCUCAAGGAUUGACCCACCAUCAUCAUCAUCUACACCCCUUACAACCCGUUCAAUGGAUUAUCAAUCCCAAGAUAUUAUACCCCCUACUCAAUCCCAAAGUAUUCCAUCAGAGAACAUUACUGUCAUCACGGACACACAGGAACCAUCUAUCGGGCCUAAUACCAGUGCUAUAGAUAUGGAGGACAGUCAAAUGCUCUUUAGCAACAUGUCAUCCACACUCUCAGGAUCUGAUCCAGACAUGUCUCAAUCACUGCUCCGGCCAAAUCAUAAUAAAACAACUGAUGAAACUGUAGAGACUAUCACCCUAAAGGACACACAGCCUUCUAGCAAUGAUCUGAAUACAACCCCCUCCCAGCCAACAACAGGUGAUUUACACAUGACAGAAACACAGACAGACACACCCGAGCCACCAUCCCCACCCCCAGUUUUGUGUCACUGUGCAAAGGCUCCUACUAUAUCAUAUGAAGGAGAAAACAAAAAACUCAGAAGUAAAAUCAUCCAACAAGCUGCCAAAAUAGAUGAUCUCCUACAGCGUGUAGAAGUAAAUGAACUUCAGAGGAAGGAUGAAGCAGAAAAACAACAGUUACUCUUUGACAGUAGAGUCAGAGACCUUGGCAAUGAACUCUCAACAGUUAGAAAUGAGCUUAGGAUCAAAGAAAAGGAAUUUUCUGGAUUACAGGCUGAUCUCAAAACAACCUUUAACAAAAACCUUGUGUUAAUGGCAAAGCUGGAGAAACAUGAAAAACAAAGACACAAUGCAUCCCUACCACAAAGCUUAAAUGAGAACUCUACUAAAACCACAGCCAAACAACAGUCAGCAACAAAACAACAAAAAGCAAUACCAACACCCAAGAGACCUAUAACACCUCCUUCAACUACAUCACCUGCUACAAAGGUGCAAGGGAAGGCAUCAUCGCCACCCCCACCCCCUCCCCCUCCCACAGUGCAUAUUAUGUACAGCUCAAAUGGGAAAAAACUUGCUGGUAUAAUGAAAGGCAAGGAAAGCAGAAUCAAGGUGACAUCUUCAGUGUACAGUGGAGCCCGAGUAGAAGAUGCCACCCAUGUGAUACAAAAUGGAGACAUACCAACUUCUACAGAUUAUAAAAUCCUAGGAUUUGGAACAAACAACGUUCAAACUGAUACCCCACAAGAGAUUAUCUAUGGACUUAAAAAUCUCAUACAGACUGCACGAAACCGCCACAAAACAUCAAAACUCAUCCUUGCUGGACUACACCAUAGAGGUGAUUCUAAUUCUGAUGAACAGAUUUACAAGAUGAACCGUAACAUUGAUCAGAUUAACUGUGCAAUGGAAGCGUUUUGCCAUCAACAACAUGUCGGUUUCAUUGACAUCAACAAGAUCAAUAGAUCAACUGCCAACCACCCAAACUUUAGUGUUCUCUUUGGAGAUAGAUUGCAUUUCAACUUCCGGGGUAGAGACAGCAUGGUGAAUGCAAUGAUUUCAACCAUGAAGAAUGGACUUUCAACAGGCUUGAGGACUUAUUCCUCAGUCCUAGCUGAAAGGGUAAACCCUUACAAUUCUCGAUACAUCCCCAAGUUUUAAACAGUGAUCAGUGUGAUUGCAUCCAUGAUACUA